GCUGUUGAGGGCAGCAGGAUCAAUGGAUUUAUCCAACAAGUGAAUGAAUAUCUUGUGAUACGAAGCGGCAAUUCCUUUGAUAAACAAACUGUGUUGCAUAUAAACGUUUUCCUGAGGAAUAAUGGGGAACACGCAAAGUUACAUUGUUGUGUCACUCUCUGUAUGUGCCGUUUAUUUAGGUUAUGUAUACAUUUACUGUUCCUAUAAGUUGUUGAAGACGAAUAUUCUCAACAGCGACAGACUUCCUAGUUUUAUUUAUCUUUACAUCAAAUAUUGGACCCGAGCUCUGACUCGGAGAACAGGCUACCUGUACACAACUACAGCAACAAACACGCGUGACGCUGUGUACUCGGUCCUCAAGUGCAGGCUGGAGACUCCCUUGUUGAGGAGCUUCUGCAGUGCAGCAGGCUAUGGUUGGGAUUAUCCAGACAGUGAAUUCAGAGACAUCCCGCUGUGCUUCCCCGAGUUUCUCUGUGCCAGACUGCUGCUUAUGGUGCUCACUGACGAAAACUUCAGGCUCAGCCCAGCAGGUUUGGUUCGUGUGCGUCACAGUUUGAAAAGCCUUCAACCAAUUGAUGAGCUUAAGAAGGGUCCAUUCAUGCUGCAGGUCCAGGUCCUGGAGUACCAGCACAUUGAUGCUGGGGUGGAAGUGGACAUCGGUCUCUCUGCCACUUCUCGUACGGGAUCCCGGGUGUGGGAGAGUGUCCUGACGCUACUGUCCAAAGACGAGCUCCACAAAGGCAACAUGUGCUUCCUCAAGAAUGAAACCAAAAAUGAGCAUCAACCUGACCAACCAGGUGAGAGUGUGGCAGAAAACAUGAAGCAAGUAGAGCUCAGAGUCCCUUGGAGUACUGGCCUGAAGUGUGUAUGGUUGUCCUCUCACUACUCCCCCUACUGGCUCCUCUCUCUGCCUGCAAUGCUCUUUGGCUACAGAUCAUAUAUCACACCAAGUCUCUGGAUGUUUUCUGUCUGCUUGGCUGAAAUAGAAAAGCACAGAGGGGUUGAAGUCAUCACAGCUCCUAUCACCAUCACAGCCCAGUUUAAGGAGCCCCUGUCGGUUCCAGGCAGCGUGAUGAUCGACUUUUGGGAUACUGUCAAAAACGGGGCUCAGUCUCCUGCCCAGGGCCUCAAAUUCCACAUGCGGCAGCAUGGAAGCAAAAUGUCUCACAUGGUGGGGCUGAUUUCUAGGCCUUGAUUUACACAGAGGGUUUGUAUUUGUAGUAUUGAUAAAACAUAACAAAAUACUGAUAUUUUACUUUUCCCCUUUAGUUCUGGUAUGUGUGUCUGUUACCUGCCCACUGUCACCAAGUGCUUGCUCAAGGGGAAUAUGUUCUGUUUUUCUUCUA